CUCUUCUUCCUCUUCUUCUCCCUGUGUCUCAUUGAGAGACAGCUGUAGCCGUGAUAGUAGUUCUUCUUUUGUAAGAAUUUGCAGCUCCUGUGGUGGAGACGCUGCCACUCUGGGGAGCCAUGAGUCGUUGUGUGGUCAAAGUGAUCACCCUGACAGAGAUCCAGGUUCUACAGGUACAGAGCCAUCUGGAGAACUCCAAGUUCCACUUCCACCAGACCCAGAAUCAGCAAGGCAAGCAGUACUUGACAUUGGGCUCCAAGCUGGCCUCUUCGGCUGGGCAGGGUCAUGCAAUGCCACAUCCACACAUCCCUGGCCAGCCGCUGGCCACUGUGCCAAUGAUAAGGAAUGGGCACAUGCCCCCUGUCAGCGAUAGCAGCAACCCCAACAGCCCUGUUACCCUGCAUACCAUGGCCAAUCAUGACAGUGAGUUUCCAAUGGAUGAAGUUAUUGAUGGCCUAAUUAGCCUUGAAUCCGGUUUCGAUGAUGGAAGCUUGGAUUGCAUGGAGCCUAACAUAAUGCAAAACAAUGUGUCCCUCAGUAGCAGCAUGCUGGACGUGUAUGGGGGUGAACAAGGUAAUAACGCCCCUAAUGGUCGAAUGAGUCCCACAUCUAACCACACAAAGCUCACAGUAAAAAGGGAAUACACAGAACAUGACACAAGGAUGAUGGCUAAAGAGAGACAAAAGAAAGACAACCAUAAUUUGAUUGAAAGAAGGCGAAGAUACAACAUCAACUACAGGAUUAAGGAGCUGGGGACACUUAUACCAAAGUCAAAUGAUCCCGACAUGCGCUGGAACAAAGGCACCAUCCUGAAGGCCUCAGUGGAGUACAUAAGGUGGCUGCAGAAGGAGCAGCAGCACGCUCGGGAGCUAGAGAGUCGACAGAAAAAGCUAGAGCAAGCGAACAGGAGGCUGCAGCUGAGGAUUCAGGAACUUGAGAUCCAGGCACAAGCACAUGGCCUCCCAAACAUGGCUACAACCCUGGGAGCAAUUGAAUUAUCCUCCCACCUCCUUAAACAACAACAGCAACAGCAGCAACACUCGUCUACACAAGCCCAACAGCCCCCGCAGCUGCCUGUCUAUCAUGAGGACCUCAACAGUGACUACCUUCAGAGGAUACCUGGGGUGGCUGAUGUGCCAUCCAUCCCUGCUGCUGACAGGCCACAGGAUUGCAUCACCAGUGCAGACAGCUGCACCACGUUCUCCGACCCACUGUCCCACUUCACAGACUUCUUCAGUGUUACGCUCAAGGAGGAGCACCGGCUGGAUGAGAUCCUGAUGGAUAACCCACUCUCGCCCUUUGGCACUGACCCACUCUUGUCUGCGCCG